AAUUCGCAUCGCUGUUGCUAUCUGCCGCAGUUGAUAUUCGCCCUGCGCGCUGCUGAGCUCCUUUCCGUCGCUUCCGAUCGCCUGACAGCUGACGUGCGGCGUUCCGAAACUUCCUGUGCAUCACAACAACCGCGGCGACCAUGUCCAACAACUACCAGCAGUACGGCGGGAAUCCCUACGGCCAGGCGGAGGCCGGCUACGGCGGCGCCAGCAACCCGUACGGCAACACGGGCUACGGGUCGAACCCGUAUGGCGGCGGCUAUGAUGAGAGCCGCCCGGCGCAGCUGACCCAGGGCGACUCCAACUACUCGCAGCCCUCGCAAUACUCGGCCGCCGCGCCGACGCACAGCGCACCGCAGCACGACGCGCCGCUGGCCCACGGAAACUCGCAGCAGCAGCAGCAGUCGUACGGGCUCGAGCAGCCCGGCUCCCGCCCGCUGAGCCAGCAGGACUUCCUGCAGCGCAUCGACGGCACCAAGACGCGCAUCGGCCAGCUGACCCAGGACAUCGGCGCCAUCUCCAGCAUCCACCAGCGCAUGCUAGCGUCGCCGGACAGCCGCUCGUCCGCCGAGCUCGAGGGCGUCGUGUCGCAGACGCAGAUCCGCAACACGCAGAUCAAAGACGAAAUCAAGUUCCUGGAGCGCGACGCCGCGCGCGACCCGUCCAACGCGUUCAAACGCACCCAGGUCGACAGCCUCAAGCGCUCCUUCAAGGCGCAGCUCGAGGACUUCCAGCGCGAGGAGGCCGACUACUCGAAGCGGUACCGCGAGGCCAUCGCGCGCCAGUACCGCGUCAUCAACCCGGAGGCCUCGGACGCCGAGGUCCAGGAAGCCGCCAACGCCGACUGGGGCGACGAGGGCAUCUUCACCACCGCCCUCAAAAGUAACCGCAGCGGCCAAGCCUCGAGUGUCCUCGGCGCCGUGCGCGCCCGCCACAACGACAUCCAGCGCAUCGAGAAGACGAUGGUGGAGCUGGCCACGCUGUUCACGCAGCUCAACGAGCAAGUCGUGUUCCAGGAGGAGCAAACCGUGCAGGUCGAGGCGCAGACGGUGCAGGUCAACGAGGACGCCAAGCACGCCAACACGCAGCUGGACCAGGGGAUCAAGUCGGCGCGGCGCGCAAGGAAGCUCAAGUGGUGGACGCUGUUUGUGGUGGUGCUGAUCCUUGCGAUUAUCGCGCUGGCGCUGGGACUGUACUUUGGGUUGAAGAAGAAGUAGGCGAGGGCGGGCGAGCAGCCAUGUGACACAUCCCCCUCUCCUCCCAACUGACACGAGGAUAUCCCGCGCCGCCGCUUGGUUGCGCUGCCGCUUGUGUCCCCCCGCAGCCCCCCCCC